AUGCUCCGAACGAACUCGAAACUAUGCCGGAGAGCAUUGACUCGUUCAUAUGCAACGGCUACCAGCCCUCAUGCCCUGGUGUUCCUUGAGCACCGUGGAGGUGUUAUUGAUUCGGGGUCGCUGUCGGCAUUGACGGCAGCUGAGCAGCUAGGGGGAAAGGUAUCUGCUUUGGUUGUUGGAAGCUCAGAACAUGUUCCGGGCGUCGUCGAACAGGUGAAGAAAUUGAAGGGCGUCUCUUCAAUUCUGCACUCGACUUCAGCGCAAUACGCCGAACCUCUGCCAGAGACAGUGUCCCCUCUCGUUGAGAAAAUCCUCUCAGACUCUUCAUCAGGGUUCACGCACGUCGUUUCUGCGACCUCCUCAGGUGCCAAGUCCCUCCUUCCGCGUGUUUCCGCGCGCCUCGACGCCCCAACUGUCUCCGACGUUACCUCCCUCUCGCACGACGCCACCUCAGGAAGCACGACCUUCACGCGCCCUAUAUACGCAGGCAACGCUAUCUCCACCGUCCGGGCACCCGGCACCAUCCCAAUCAAGUUCUUCACUGUCCGCUCGACGGCGUUCGCGCCGGCCUCGGCGGACGGUGCUGGUGCAGAGGCUACUUCUGCUGAGCCUGUUGAAGUUAACGAUGCGACAACGGAGCAUGUGAAGACCACUAUCGCCAAGUCGGACAGACCCGACCUUGGUGUGGCCUCUCGUGUCGUUUCGGGUGGAAGGGCAUUGAAAAAUGCAGAGACCUUCGAGAAGACGCUGUACCCCCUUGCCGAUGCUUUGGGAGCUGCGGUUGGCGCGUCUCGUGCGGCUGUGGAUGCUGGUUAUGCAGACAACUCGCUGCAGGUCGGGCAGACGGGAAAGGUCGUUGCUCCGGAGCUUUACAUGGCGAUUGGUAUUUCUGGAGCUAUCCAACAUUUGGCUGGCAUGAAGGACUCGAAGCUCAUUGUUGCGAUCAAUAAAGACGCCGAUGCUCCUAUCUUCCAGGUUGCUGAUGUCGGGCUGGUCGCUGACCUUUACGACGUCGUACCAGAGCUCACUGAGAAGCUCAGGAAGUAA